GUGAUUAUGCGAAAAACUCUUCGUUGAAAACAAUCAGCACAUGGUGCAAUAGUGAUCAAUGAGUGCAAUAUCUGGAUAUUGAUGGGCGAAUAAAACAUCCAGAGCCACUAGAGGCCGUGUAGCAUCACAAGAAGCAAUAAACGCGGUGUGACUCCAACGGAACUAGGGAAAAAAUGUGACAUGAAACCGACGCUAAUCCUAUUUGAGCGCAGAGCGAAACACCCGGCCAAGUGCACGGCUAGUGCACGCGUGUGAGUGGUUCGCCGUGUGUAGCACAGCAGAAGAAAUAGAAGAAAUAAUCCAUCCCCCCUCGAGCCACUGCUACCGUCCAGGGACAGUGAGUGGCGGCCUGUCAUAAAAAAUGAAGCAAACGGUGAUUCUAUUCGUAAUCGGUUGCACCGUGUUGGGCCCUGCUGCCUUUGCGGGUGGCCAGAGCGCGGCCAACGGGGGCGGGGACCCGGCUCCGGGCCGCUCGCCGGGACCGCCCGGUGUCAUGGAGCUGUCGAACACCGAGCACGGAGAGCCAUUGCCGGGGGAAUCACCGACCUACAUAGUUACCAAAGAUGAUACCGGUGCAGGGGAAGGUGAGAAUCGUUCACCGUUGACGUCGAACGACGUUCUGGAUUCACCGCCGGACGAGGACCAGGUCCACGCUGGAGGGGCUGGUGAUGUGGAACAGUCCGUAGGUGACGUCAGCAGUGAAUCGUCCGGUAGCAGUGCGUUAGCUACUUCCGGGGAAAGUGGUGGGGAACAGAUCCAAAAUGAGAACCAACCCGCGGAAGAUGGUGGAAGUGAUGGGGAUGGGGACGGAGGACAACCACCGACGGUCGGGGUUGGACCUUGCUCGAGGAAUAUCGAGGAUUAUCUGAAGCCAGACGAUAAGAUUGUACGGGUUGACAAGGACAAGGAUGAUGGCGGGACGCACCUGCAGGUUCACGUCGUUCAUGACGUGUUUGACACCGCUAAUGGAAUUGUUCCGGGCGUUGUGUAUCGAGGUACGUGAUUUCUGCAAAUCAAAUUCCGAUAAUGGGAC